CUACACGUAGAGGUAGGUUUGGCAGCAUUCUACCUUCCUCUUCUGUUUCUUUGCCUUAUCUCAUACUUCUUCGAAUCAUGAAGUCUCUCAAAAAGAUGAUAACUUAUCCACGGAAAUCUACCUGGAGUUAUCUGACUAGGUAUACUCCAAAUAGUCUCAAUCCAAUUUUGAGAGUGUGCAUAUCCACACUUUAAGGCCUCUUCAGUUAAUACAGAGCAAAGAGGUAUAGGAGAGAGGAAGGCAUUUAUAUAUGAAGGCAUUUCUUUGGAGGGAUGCUCUUUUCGGGUGCAUCAUGCCAUGCGAGUAAGAUAUUGUAAUCUUCUACAUAGCUAGACUAUUCAAUCAGGCAAUGCUGAUAGUCGAAAGAUUGCGGCUCCCAAGGAUGUACUGCCAUCACCUAUAGAGCAUUUCAUUCCAACUUCUGAGGCGCCAAAUAUCCCUGAUGUUGGUGAUAUCUUUCAACCGCCUGCAGCUCAAGAUGCAUUCACUUCUUGUGGAGAACCUGCUGUUCCAACUUGUGAGGGAGUUUCUCAGAUUGAUAAUAUAGAUCUUGGAACACAGGAGAUUGAGGCAUAUCCUUGCUUGGAUUCUCGAGCAAUCUACUGUAUCCGGUCGGCACAUAGGAAAAUUCCAACCAAAUCCCAAGGUACAAGUGUUCACGGAGAACGUUGAGACUGCCAUUCCUCAUUCCAAUGCAAAAGAUUCUCAGUAUAUUGACUUGUUGGAUAAAGCUAGAACUCCUACAUUUGAUACAGAUGAUGUUAACAAUGUCCCGUCUUCAGUAUUUGAUCACACUAUUCCCACAGAACCUACAGCUGAAGUUUCAGAGAGUGAAGAAAUGCCAAAUGCUGAUGAGGACUUUUUAGUAGCCCCAUACUAAAUGAGAAUGAACACAUUGAUGAGGAGUUCCAGGCAGAAAAUGAAUACUGAAAGAAAAGAGCACGGAAAACGUCAAUGAAACAGACUGAUGAUGGUGAAGAAAAUCAUGGUAAAAAAGCCAACGACAAAACUGGAAAGGCCACUAAAGAAAAGGCCAAGAAGUUUUCUCACUCAACUCGUCAGCAAUUGGAAACUCCAGAGGAGGAUAUUAAUUUCCAAAGAGUGCCGCCUAUCAAGGAUCUAAUAUUUCUUGCAGAGCACAAGGAGAGUGGCGAAAAAUGCAGCGGCAACAUCAUCCCAGAGCCCUCAAGUGCUGGUAAUACUGCUUUUGAAAUGAACGAUGAAGAGGAGGCAUUUACGUUUCAUGGAGAUAAUGAUGCAGAAGCUUUUGGGGAACAAGAAAGGGCUGCGGCGGCGGAUAGUACCCUCUACUAUAAUUAUCAUACAUACAUGGAAAAAGCAACCAGAGCCCGAUGGUCUAAAGCGGACACGGAACUGUUCUAUGAGGCCAUAAGGCAGUUUGGUUCUGAUUUCUCAAUGAUACAACAACUCUUUCCUGGGUAGACAUGCACCCAAGUAAGGCUGAAGUAUAAGAAAGAAGAGCAUCGGUAUCCAUCAAGAGUUCUCGAUGCUCUAACUACUCGUGCCAAUGAUCAUUCCCGCUUUGAGCAAGUAAUUGAGCGCUUGAAAGAAAUUGCAGCUGAGGGAAACCAAAUUGAUGAUGACUUAGAUGCAGCUGUUGAUUUGACUGAUGAAGAGGAGGGGCAGAAAGAAGAAAUGGAGGUGGUUAACAUUAUAGUGGAAAAUGAAGUCCAAGAUACAGAUCAAGAUGUUGUUACUCAAGUUCAAACUGAUGUGGCUGAAGAGGUGCAGGAAGAAGAAGUAGAAGAAGACAUAUGGAGCCAGUAUAGGAGUGAGGAUUGAUCCACAUAUACAUACCAUUAACCCAAGGCUAAAGCUUGAGUGGUGUUUUAAGUGCCGCAGAGAUUUCAAACCGAAGAGUUCAAUUUUUGGUAGUUCAUAUGAACUAGUGGCUGCCGUUUUUUUGUUUGCAUUUUUCUGUGUCAAAAGUUGCAAUGGGUAUUUUGUGCUUACUAUUGAUAUACCUAAAUUGCUCUUUAGCUCUGGCGCCAACUUACAAUACUAUGAUGUUCAAAUUCCAUUACAUCAGUGUUUAUUCAA